AUGCCGCACCGCCAGUUGGCAAUUUGCGUGCCCAGCGGUGGACUGACAGACAGUGCCAGCGUGCGUUAUGCAGAAGACUGUUUGUACCUGAAUGUCUCCACCCCCGCCGCCGACGACGGCAAGCGUGCCGUGCUGGUCUGGAUACACGGCGGCGGCUACCGUACCGGACAGGGCUCUAUCCCCUGGUAUAACGGCACGGCGUUCAACAAGAACGGUGACAUUGUGGUUGUAUCCAUCAACUACCGGCUUGGCGCUCUGGGCUAUACCGACUUGUCCCACCUGGGCGAUACCUACGCCAACUCCGGGAUCAAUGGCAUUCUUGAUCAGAUAGCCGCUCUGCAAUGGGUGCAGGACAACAUCGCGGCGUUUGGAGGGGAUCCUAAUCGCGUCACCAUUGCAGGCGAGUCUGCUGGCGCAUUCAGCGUUGCCACCCUGCUGGGUUGCGAUGCAGCACAGGGCCUGUUUCAACGCGCCAUACCGCAAAGUGGCGGUGCCCAUCACACGCUGCCCAAGGCGGCUGCAGAAAAAGUCACCCGAACUUUCCUCGAACAGCUUCUGCCAGAUCAUGACGGCAUUGAUCAGGCACUGGCGCUCGAGGCGGUCAGCGUUGAAGAUAUUCUCGCUGCACAACAGGCCACGAUCGGUCAUUUUGAACAGGGUGCAGGGGUGGCAAACGAGCUUGGGGUGGCGGUUUCACCAUUUUAUCCUGCCCACGGCACGCCACUGUUACCCGCAUCGCCGUUAGACGCCAUUGCCAAUGGCUGUGGCAAAAACGUCGCCGUGUUAACCGGCAGCAACGCCCACGAAACCACCUUGUGGGGUUAUGGGGAUAUUUCUGAAGAAAAACUCGAGCGCAUUGCCGCCGGCUACGGCGCAGAGUCAGUGCUGGCCGCUUAUCGCCGAGCACGACCACGCGCUUCUGUCGAAGAUUUACUGAUCGCCCUGACCACAGACCACAUGUUCCGCAUCCCCGCCAUACGUCUGGCAGAAGCCCGGGAACCUCAUGGUGCGCAGACCUGGAUGUACCUGUUUGCAUGGGAAUCCAGAGCGUUUGGUGGACGCUUGAAGGCAACCCACGCACUGGAGAUCCCGUUCACGUUUAACAACCUCGAUCGCGCAGGUGUUGAUGUGUUUUUAGGGCCGGGAGCGCAACCCCAGGCACUUGCUGAUGAAAUGCACCAGGCGUGGAUUGCGUUCAUCAACGGUGACAGCCCUGGUUGGCCUGCCUACAACACCUCAGAGCGCGUCACCAUGACGUUCAACACCCAAUCGGACUUCGUUAAUACAACGAUCCCGGGCGCGGGCAGGCGCAGUAUUAACUAUGGACUGCGCUGGUAUCUAACCGGUACAGCCCUGCUGCUGAUUCCCGGCGGCGUGCAGAUGGUGUUGUUUCCCUGGCUGGUCACCGUUGUUCUGCACGAAACACCUACCCGGGUUGGACUCGCGCAGAUGGCGUCACAAUUACCCAUGCUGCUGCUGAUUUUGUGGGGUGGCUGGCUGGGUGACCGUGUUGAUCAACGGCGCCUGCUGAUUGGCUUGUCCUGUGCGAUGGCGAUACCGCCAAUGGUCAUGGCCUGGGUCUUCCAUGCCGGUCAUUUCAACUACACCCUGUUGAUCAUCUGGGCCCUGGUUGGCGGUACUUUUGCCGCAUUUGUGCAGCCUGCUAGGGAUGCGCUGCUGAACCGGGUCGCCGGGCAGGAUAUUCAACGCAUUGUCAUCCUCGCUGUGGGUGUGCAGUUUGGCGUACAGAUUUUUGGUUUUGCAUUGGGUUACAACGCAGAUGUGCUCGGCCCACCGUUGUUGUUGAUCAUUAUGUCGAGCCUGAUGCUGGGCGCGGCGCUGGCAACUUCCCGAAUUCCAAGUCUUGCACCGAAGCCAACUGGCAAGACCCAACAUCCACUGACCGCAAUAGCCGAAGGCGUGAAACUGGUCUGGCACGAUCGGGCACUUGCGCCGGCUAUCGGCCAGACCUUUUCUGUGGGCAUCUUUUUUGCGGGCACUUAUGUUGUUCUGCUCCCGCUGAUGGUGCGCGAUCUGUAUAACGGCGGUUCGGCAGAGAUUGCCACUACCUUUGCCGCCAAUAUGCUGGGCACCGUCGUGGUGACUUUUAUCCUGAUGCGCAUAGGUCGCACCGCCAGACCCGGACGCGUUUUACUGAUUGCCGCAGCCGUCAGCGCCAGCGUUUUAUCCCUGCUCAUGUUUAAUUUGCCCAAGCCGCUGUUUUACGCGGUUGUGUUUCUGUGGGGCUGUUGUGGCGGCAUCGGCAUGACCAUGUCCCGCACUAUCGUGCAGGAAGCGGCUACCGAGUCUCAUCGCGCCCGCAUCAUGUCUGUCUACUCAUUGGGUCUGAUGGGUGGCAUGCCAAUUGGCAGCUUCACCCUGGGUAUCGUGACCGAAUGGGUGCUACCUCCAGGCUAUACCGAUGCGCCACCACCCGGGCCUACAUCAGACACCACAAUUCUGUCCGGUGGCACCUUUCUGCUCGCCGAAAACAUCGCCGAUAGUGUUGUUGUAAUCAGCAACAACACCCUGGUGGCAUGGGGGCCACGAGGAAUGGUGGAAUUGCCUAACGAUUCCAUUGGCAUGGACAUGCGCGGCAAGUGGAUAGUGGCGGGUGAUCCUGCAGACAUCGAAAACGGUAAUUUGGUGCUUCCAUCCAACGUUGCCAGCGGAGAUCCGGCCAGACUGCUGGCUUUCAACAGCGAUCCCAGGACCACCGAAGACCUGGCUGGCGCGCUGUACGCCAUUGUCAGUGAAGAAGGUAUUGAAGUGUUCGAGACAGAGUCAGACUAG